AUGGUAUGUGUCAACCAAUCAGUGAUUGACAUUUUCCAUGUGUAUGACUUGCUUCAGCUGAGUGUCAGCUUCCACGUGUCAGCUGAUGCGGGCUUCUCUCACCCAGAUCCACCUUCGUCAUUUAGUCUAGUCAGUGUUACCCAUGACUCCGUCACUCUAGAGUGGAUCCCUGGCUUUAAUGGGGGUUUGCAGCAGAGAUAUCGCAUACGAUACAUCUGGGACCAGUCUGUCAGCUUCCUGUAUGUAGAUGUCGUUCCCCCUGAUACAACAACCUUCACCGUUACCGGUCUGCAGUCGCAGACCACCUACAACUUCUCAGUUAAUGCCCUAAACUCCAUAGGAGAGAGUGGCUAUGCUGACGACGGUGCAGUACUGACCAUCACCACUGAGGUGAAGAAAGAUAUAGAAGAGGAUCAACCGGAUGAUAAAACACAGCCUCCGAGUGGCCUGCCAACCCAUUUGACUGUGGCCUUCACAGUGGUGUUCGGAGUCCUGCUGGUGUUGAAUUCGCUGGGCUGUUUCUUUGGGCGGAAGUGGAAAAACAGGCGUGACAAAACAAAGGCAGAAAGGGACAGUGUGGUGAAUGGACAGAAGAGUGAAGAGGAUGUGUCAAGUCAAUCAACCAGCAACUCCAAUAAGUACGAGAGCAGAGAAAAAAUCAACACCGGAGCCCAACGCACCCUCCUCGUUGACACUGGAUCUGAAACAGAGAGCAACGUCUACGAGAGCUACACAGCGUUUCAGGAAGAGUCCCAUUAUUAUUAUCCUACUGGUGACUAUAAACCCUACCAUGGUCCACAUCCUGAGGACAGACGUGGCCUUGGUGGCGUUCCUGUGAACUUUGAAAGCCAUUUGUAUGAAGACGUGAGUGACAGAAGAGUGUGUCAGGACACACUGGCUUCCUCUCUUCCUGCCUACCGUCCACUUUUCUCUGAUCACAGACUGAACCGGCAAGCAGAGGACUGGAGGUCACCAACCGACCCUCAGGGUAUCAAGAGAGACGAGCAGUUCAUGAAUAAUCAACAACCAGAGCGGGAUUAUGAUCUACCCUUCGAGUUGCGAGGAGAAUUAGUCUAGAUUGAAACAAUGAUAUCAAUUAAAUAAUUUGACUCAACAGUAGUAAAUUGCUGUAAAAAAGUAUAUACUCUUGUCCUUUUUGUUUUCUAGAACUUGGUUUAAAUUAUAUUGAAUGAUUAGAUUAGGAGCAAAAAUAAAUGUCAGUUUUUCAACUUUAAA